CCAGUAUGGCGUGGAGGAGCUGCGCGGCUCUGCUCAGACUCAGCGGGGAAGAUGUUCUACGGAGCUCCGCGAGAGGAGGCAGGUGGCCUCACGGCAUCCAGCAGAGAUGUGGCUUCAGGAAAGUUUUCAAGAAACCAGAAUCCAAGAAGGCGGAGGAGGAGCUCGCGCCCCCCCACGCCGAGGCCUCGGAGGUCGCGCCCCAACGCCGGACCCCCGCUCCCCAAGUGGAGCACCGCGCUCCGCUGAGAUCCCACCGGGCCUUCGGCCGGCUCGUCCGACCGCUGGUCUUCACCGUGGGGUUCACAGGCUGCUGCUUCGGCUCGGCAGCCGUCUGGCAGUACGAGUCGCUCAAGUCCCGAGUCCAGAGCUACUUCAACGAGGUCAGGGCCGACUGGCUGGAGAAGCUCAGGCCUCAGAAGCGAGGGGAUGUCCGCAAAGAGGUCAACCAAUGGUGGAACAGCUUGAGUGAGGGUCAGAGGACGGUCACAGGGAUCAUUGCAGCGAAUGCCAUCGUGUUCUGCUGCUGGAGGGUUCCGUCCCUGCAGCGCUCCAUGAUGAAAUACUUCACCUCCAACCCGGCCUCCAAGACUCGGUGCUCUCCGAUGCUCCUCUCCACCUUCAGCCACUUCUCUUUCUUCCACUUGGCUGCCAACAUGUACGUCCUGUGGAGCUUCUCGUCCAGCGCCGUGUCCAUGCUGGGCAGAGAGCAGUUCAUGGCCGUCUACCUGUCUGCAGGUGUUGUUUCUACGUUCUUCAGUUACGCGUGUAAGACGGCCACCGGGCGCUUCGGCCCGUCUCUGGGAGCCUCCGGAGCCAUCAUGACCGUCCUGGCUGCCGUCUGCACCAAGAUGCCAGAAGCCAAACUGGCCAUCAUCUUCCUCCCCAUGUUCACCUUCACCGCCGCCAACGCUCUGAAGGCCAUCAUCGCCAUGGAUACAGCCGGCGUGGUGCUGGGAUGGAAGUUCUUCGACCACGCCGCUCAUCUGGGAGGAGCCCUGUUCGGCGUCUGGUACAUCCUGUUCGGCCACGAGUUGAUCUGGAAGAACCGGGAGCCGUUCGUGAAACUUUGGCACGACCUGAGGACCGGAGGUUCUGGAGGGGGAGGAGCCGACGGAGGAGGCGCCGUGUAGGACGCCGAACAGCCGGGGCUGCUGGGAAAAAACCCAGGUGUAAAGAUGUAUCAAAUGUACAGAGGGCGGUUCGCAGGACGUCCAGUAACCCGCGAUCAUGUUUCUACAAAAGCAUCGACAAGGAUUCUGAUCCGUUUGUGUUUGACUGGUUUUGUUCCCGUGUUUGAUAUUUAGAAACAAAUCAUCUGCACAGUGCAAGAGGAUGUCGUCUGUGCAGAAAGUAAGCGAGAGAUUUAAGGCUCUAAUUGUACGAGGGAACAUGAGACGUGUCCCUUCAGCCACGUGUGUCCUCCUGCAUAUUUAUGUUUCUUUUGAUUAAAACUGUAAAAACAUGCGAGACAUUUAUUUUCCAUCCGCUCCUCAAACUUUCAUUUCUGAAUUAAUAAAAAAACCAAAACAUG